AUGUGCCACCGUGAAGUCGAAAGCUGGUCCUGCGGCUGCGAAGUCGGCGUGACCAAACCAUGCGACUACCCGACCCUAGCAUGCCAGUCUGGCGCCUUCUUCGCCCCGCGACUCGACCACCCCUACACCUGCGCGGACUGCGCCCAGCAGAGCUACCGAACAGGCCAUGCGGGUACUCUCCCGAUGACGUCGCCGAACAAGAAGCGCUCCUCGUCUCAGUUCGAGAACGACGACCCCCGCGCGUACGCCCAGCGCGUGAUGGACAAGCGCUUGUCCCGCCCCAUGGAUCUGGACCUGAACCUGUCCCUCCCGCCGAAGCGCUCCCGCACGUCCUUGCAGAAAUGGUCCUCCGACGCACCACAGCACAUAGGCCGGCGCAACAACGCCUACCAACCCCUCGACUACGGCUACACCGGCAGCGAGGGCGACAUCGAUAUGGACCUCUCCUCCCGCCUGACCAAUCCCGCCCAGGACCUGGCCGCCAUCGCCAUGCCCGACGCCCCGCCCGCAGCAUACAACCUCCCGGAUUCUCAUCGGCCAGCUAGAAGCGGCAGCCUCCACCGGAUUGGCAGCGUGGUGACACGGCGGCCGACGAAGCGCAGUCCCACCUUCCCAGACGGUCCGAUCAGCCCAAUCAGUCGGCGUAGUCCGAUCAGCCCGCGCAGCCCGCGGAGUCCAGAACCGAUGCGCCGCGUCUCUCCUCGACAGAUGACGACACCGUAUGCAGAGCCGCGACAUCGCCAGCUUCAGUACGGGCAUCAGCCAUACCGCCCGCAACACCAACCGCAACACCAACAACAACUGCGUUUUGAUUUCGACGGCCACCCCACCUACUCGGCCCUGAAAGACUCUAUCGAGCGCGAAAUCUACUCCGGAAGAUGGACCCGCGCGCAGAUCCAGGCCUGGCACCGCUUCACCCUGCUGAAGCCCCAGGACCAAUACGAGCUGCUGCACACUUAUGCUGACUCUAUGGCUGCACCGCCGUUGUCCCAGCAGGCCGUCGCGGCCAUGCAGAGCAGGAAGAAAGCCAAGCCCGUGGGACAAGCCAAGAAGUAUGCCGGUUGGCGGUCGUGGACGAAUUGGUUUGGUUGGAGGAAGUAG